AUGGCUCUACAAAUCCAUGUUUUUCUUUUAAAUGGAGCUUAUGGUAAUGAAGAAGAAUACACUUUACAGCCUAUAUUUAACACUGAGGAGGACCUAGGAGGGGAAGGAGGGGGAGUGGCCAUUGGAAUUAUCUGUGCUCUGGUUGUGCUUGGAGUCAUCGGUUUUGGAGCUUACAAAAUAUACAUGAAAAAGAAUACAGGACAGGGCACUAAGGAUGAAAGUGAAACAAGACCCAUUAACCCCGGAGUGGCAGGAAGGGGGAGAGGUCGAGGGAGGGGUCGUGGAAGAGGGCAGCAAAGGCCUGGUGAAUGAAGUCAUGGUUCCAGAUUGGCCUAAGAUUGCCAAAAACUUUUAAAAACCUGAUGUACCCAUAGGAAGUUCAUCAUUGACUUGUAUAGUUACUUUAAUGAUGGGAAUCGCAGAAAAUAUGAAUGCAAGUAAAAUUCCAAUCACAAAUGGAAGAAGCUAGCUUACUUCUACACUUUACAAUCCUUCAAAAUUUUUAUUUUUAGUUUAAAAAAUAUAUUG